AUGAGCGAAACUAUCGGCGAUAUGCAAACAUGGACGCAAGCAAUGGAGCAUCCAAUGGCUUUCAAAAAGAAGGCUCAGAGACGAGAUCGAAAACAUCCCGAAGACGACAUGGCCAUCAAGAUGAUGACUCUGUGGUUGAUCAAAGAUCCAGUCAAGAAGCAGACCAAGACGGGCAAGGAGGGCUUUGAGUGA